AUGUGGUGUCAGGUGUUCUUCGUGGUGUUGGCGAGUCUGGGAUGCUUAACCAAGGUGUAUGCGGAAUUUACUUUUGACGGUCCCUUUUCCCAUGAGGUGUUGAUAGGCGGUUUGGCUGACCUGCCCUGCUACAUAAGCAAAGAUGCGAAGCGUCUUGUUCUUACCGCGUUUAGUGGCUCUGGCGGUCAUCGCUAUUCGCUGCGGUGGAUCCAUCGACGUUGGGACCGCGUUGUCGACCCGUGGAGUGGCGACGGACGUCGCACUUAUCUUGAAAUGAGCGUCUCACAGAGCUCCGAUGGCAUAGCUGAGUCCAUGGGGAUCUUCAAGAUCCCCUUGACAUCUGGGGUGGGACUACGUGUUCUCGCCGCGAACCCCUCCGAUGCCGGUCAGUACGCCUGCCUCCUCUCUAAACGCACCUUCGACCAGGGACUCUCCGUGGACAUGAAAAAUGCCACCCUCCUCUCCAUCCACUCCGUUCGGGUUACUGAGGCCAAGAGCUUUGGCAGGGAAGAGGGGAGUACUGAUUCAACAAAGUCAAAGGCGGUGGUGGCUCAUUCAAAGAAGGAACUCAAAAAUAAUGAUGAAAAGGGAACUUUCUUUGAUGCUUGGACUUGGCAGAUAGAUUCUUCCACGAAUCACGGUCCUGAUACGACAAUUUUUAAGAUCGAUUGCUACGCGGACAUUCCCCUGGUGGGUCUCAUUCUGCGAGGCACUGAUGUCAGCAUGGUGCGGGUGGGCUGGAAAUUCACUCCCCGCGGAAGGCCCAUCUCGGGCGAGACAAUGAUUACCACCGACGAGGCAUGGGACUUACUAGCUUCGGAACGCCUCUGCCACCCUGAGGAGAGCCAGUUGUGUGAGGGCGACGGUAGCGCUGGAGCGGCAGAGACGACAGUGGACAGGUCGGAGAGAUCCUGGGACCUCCACUCGGCACUGCACGAGGCCACGGAGCAUCUGUGGAAGGCUCGCUGGCUCCGUGUCGCCCCAGAAACCGCUUUCGGUUCAGGCACUUGGCAGUGCUGGCUCGAGGGACCCAAUCUAUUUAAAAAUGAAUCCACAGGAGAACGUCAAAGCAAGGUAAAAGGGUUUGAGAUAUUGACGGCCGUCUCCCACCCUCGUGACUUCAGUAGUGGUGGCUUGGAUGUGUCGACGAAUCUUUCCACACCCCGUUAA